AUGUCAAACUCGGACAGGGUUGUGUUAGCUCUCGGAGGAGCGGGCACAGUGGGCUCUGGAAUAGUUAAAGCACUGCUUGACAAAGGUUUCAAAGUUGCAGUGAUAUCCAGGGACAGCAGCCGGCUGGAGAGGCUCCAAUCAUUUGUCUCCCCAAAGACAAAGGAUAACCUCACCACUAUAGUGGGGAAUGUUGGAUCCGAGGAGGGGGCAGAGCAGGCGAAACAGGCCCUGUUGAAGGCGGUGGGGAAGGUGACGGACAUUGUCUCCUCUCUGGGCUUCAGUUGGUGGCAAGGAGGACCCCCACACACCCAGUCUCUCAAAGAGCUCCACUGGGUAAUUGAAACAUUACUGUUCAGCACAUUUGUAUCAUGGAAGGCCUUCUUCCCCUUGGUAAGGGACGACUCCAACUGUACCUACACCUUCAUAACAGGAGGAGCAGGUGAGAAGUUACUGAUGCCUGGUACCGGCUUCCUGACAGUAGGAGCUGCCAGCACCCUGGCUUUCUGUCAGGUUCUACGGGAGGAGUAUCCUGAAGUGCCCUGCAAACUCAACCAGGUGAAGAUCAACACAGGUGUCGGCACUCCAGAGCGCUUGGGACCUGGCUACCUGAACCACCUGGACCUGGGCGAGGCGGUCGCCACCCUCGUGGAAACACGAAACACCUCCCACACCAUCUUCCCCGUCAGCUGCCCCGCAGACCUUAAAACUGUCAUUCUGGAGAGGAACCUUUAGACUUUGAACCCCUCGCUCCAGCCCUGCCUCGUCAUAGAGGCACAUCUACACCUCUUCUGCUCCUGCUCUUACUGAACAUUUACAGUGUCUUUGGUUCAUUUGUUUUCCUCUCCCACAACCCUGAACUCCAUCCAUUCCCGACUUUAUGUGAAAUGUCUGUUGUUUCAAUUAAUACUGUAUAUUCAGAUGCUUGUUUUUAGAUUUUUAGCAGCUGUUCUCUCUGCAUGUGUUGUUGUGUGAUACAGGUGCAUCUCAAUAAAUUAGAAUAUCUUACACAUCAUACACACAGAAUGAAACAUUUCAUGUCUUAAUCUAUUUAAUUUAUUCUAAUUAUAAUGAUUAUGGCUUACAUUUAAUGAAGACCUAAAAUUCAAUGUCUCAAAAAAAUGUAGUAUUACAGAAGACCAAUUUUAAAAAGUAAGUUUAAUUUGGAAAUGUUGGCCUGUGAAAAGUAAGUCGGUCUAUAUGCACUCCAUACUUGGUCGGGGCUAUUUGACUUGAACUACUGGAAAUUGACUUUUCUAUGAUAUUCUAAUAUAUUAAGAUGCACCUGUAUGUCUGUAAAAAACAAAUAAAAAAAAGCACAAGAUUUGUAAUACUCACAUUGUCACUGUUGGCUGCUUCUGUGCAAAUAUUAUCACACAGUUCUGUUCUGUCUUCUACAUAAAUGGAGGACUUGAUCGCCAAUGUAAUGCCAUCAAUUCUCCAUGGAUCUGCUAAAUAUGCCUUUUCUAAAACUAGACCUCUUCCAGCCAAACCAUCAGAUGAGCUGGUGAAGACUGAGGACACAGGAAGGAGGGAUUUUAAAUUCCUCACUGGCAUUUUACUAAAUGAUCCAAAAAGAAGAGGGUAUUUGGUUGUCAAUCAUAUGUAUCCACAAAUCUCUAAUUAAAGGAACCCUGAGUACUG